AUGAACUCGACACGAUUCUUAAAUGAUUGCGAAUAUUUUUUGCAAACUAAACGAAUUGGUUUUCGUUUAUGGACAGAAAAUGACUUUCAAUUAGCUUUAAAUCUCUGGAGCGACAAUGCUGUUACAAAGCUAAUUGGUGGUCCAUUCACAAUUGAAAAAAUACAAGAACGUUUUUCAUAUGAGAUCAAAAAUAUGAAAGAAUGCGGUUUUCAAUAUUGGCCCAUAUUUAUUUUGGAAACUGGAGAACAUAUCGGAUGUUGUGGUUUUCGUCCAUAUGACAAAGAAAAGAACACAGUUGAACUGGGUUGUCAUAUUCUACCAAAAUUUUGGAGACAAGGAUUUGCUUCGGAAGCCGGAGAUGCUGCAAUAUCGUAUGCAUUCUGUCAUUUAAAUGUGAGUAAAAUUUUUGCUGGUCAUCAUCCAAACAAUGCUGCUUCCUGUCAACUUAUUGCACAAAGUCAAUUCCAGUAUAGCCAUCAUGCAUAUUAUCCUCCAACUGGCUUACAACAUCCAUGGUACAUACUCACAAAAGAACAAUACUGUCAAAAACUAUUUGAUAGUCGAAUUUGA